CUACUGUCUCCAAGAAGGGCAUAUUCAUAUAAAACUUCCUGCAUGCGACUUAACGUUUCAACCAGGAGACUUAAAAAGAAGUUAAGCUGACUGUCUCUCGGUCUCAAUUCCCUCCAGUCUCUUCCCCACCCUUAAUCCUGACAGUUUGGAGGCGCGAGAUUUUUUUUUUCUUGAGGACAGAUUUUGCGUAUCUGAUAACUGAUAGACACAGGGAGGUGGUUUCAACAAAGAUUAAGAAAGAUCAGAGGGGAAAGUUGCCAGAGACUUCCAAGCAGAUUUUACCCCCUUCCCCUAAAUUUCUUAAAUCGGUUGUGUUCAGCCUCCCCACGCCCAUGAGCCUGCUAUGUGGGACUGGAUUCAGGGACUGGAUGCAUCCCUGCUUGCCUUCCCUCCUCCAUCACCCUCUCGGCUCUGCAAGUCACACAUUUGGAGGUCGCAGGCGGAACAUCUGGUUAGGGACUCGAGUCUUGGCAUACAGGCAACUACAGCCAAGGGUGGCUGGAGAAACGGGUGCAGGAGCGCACCGCGUGCGGGAGCGCACCGCUCUACCGGGUCGGACUUCUCCGGGUGUCACGUCCCUCUGGCACUCUUCUCACCAUCUGCUCCUGUCACCAGUCGCUGGCUCCGCCUCCCUGAUUCCGCCCCUUGCAUCCUACAGCCAGUAGUAACCCCAGACCGUUCUCCCCCCUUCCGGAACCCUUUCCACACCCCCACGUUCCGUGAGACGAUUGGCUCUUUAGACUAGGUCGAAGAACCGGUAUUUGCAUACUCCUCGCGGUUUCUGAUAGGUAGAGCGGCCCGUCACUCCAGAAGGCCGGGCCCGCCCACUCCACCUCCUAGCCUGGUGCUUUUCCUGCGCAGUUCUCCUCCGCAGCCUUUGCGGGCGAGUGCCGGGGCUGCUCCCUAAGUCCCCACCGCGAGGAGCUAGCCCCGGCGAGCGGCCGUGCGCCCCUGCGAGCGUGGCUAGGGUGCGGGGUGCAGCGUCCUCGCACCGAAAGAGCAGCGCGUCGGCCAGCAGUUCCCGUUGCCUGACUUUCCGUUCCAGUUGCGGCUUCUGGUGGGCAACAUGUCAAGAGGUACGGCCGCCCCAGCUGCCGCCGCCACCUGGGAAAGAGCUGCAGCAGCUACGGCAACCACAGCAGCAGCCCCGGGCACGCAGGGGCAAUAAGCCGAGUUCCUCCCGCACAGAGCCGACCAGGGGACCCUCCCCGUGCUCACUGCUCCGGCGGGACUCGCGCCAUGUGCUGAGCCAUGCCCCUGGCCGCGCCCGCGGGCAGCGCAUGGGGCAGCGCCUGAGCGGCGGCCGGUCCUGCCUCGAUGUCCCCUGCAGGUUCCUGCCGCAGCCACCGACGCCCCCGCCGCUGGUGAGGAGGAAGCUCGCGCUGCUCUUCGCCAUGCUCUGCGUCUGGCUCUACAUGUUCCUGUACUCGUGCGCCCGCUCUUGCGCCGCGGCGCCCGGACUGUUGCUGCUGGGCUCCGGGUCCCGCGCCGCACAAGCUGCUCCAGCCCUGGUCACAGCUCCGAAUGUGACAUCCCCCAGGCUGCCUUUCCGGGCGCCGCCCGCCACCGCACUGGCUGCGGACAAGGAUAAGACGCCGGGCGCGGAGAGCCAGGAGGACCAGAGUCCCGAGGUGCCGGACUCCCCUAGCCCCAUCUCCAGCUUCUUUAGCGGUUUUGGGAGCAAGCAGCUGCCGCAGGCCAUCAUCAUCGGCGUGAAGAAGGGAGGCACCCGAGCGCUGCUCGAGUUCUUACGGGUGCACCCCGACGUGCGCGCUGUGGGCGCCGAACCCCACUUCUUCGACCGCAGCUACCACAAGGGCCUCGCCUGGUACAGGGACCUGAUGCCCAGAACCCUGGAGGGCCAGAUCACCAUGGAGAAGACUCCCAGCUACUUCGUGACUCGGGAGGCGCCCGCGCGCAUCUCAGCCAUGUCCAAGGACACCAAGCUCAUCGUGGUGGUGCGCGACCCGGUGACCAGGGCCAUCUCGGACUACACGCAGACGCUGUCCAAGCGGCCCGACAUCCCCACCUUCGAGAGCCUGACGUUCCGCAACCGCAGCGCGGGGCUCAUCGACACGUCGUGGAGCGCCAUCCAGAUCGGCCUGUACGCCAAGCACCUGGAGCCCUGGCUGCGCCACUUCCCGCUCGGCCAGAUGCUCUUCGUGAGCGGGGAGCGGCUGGUCAGCGACCCGGCCGGAGAGCUGGGCCGCGUGCAGGACUUCCUGGGCCUCAAGCGCAUCAUCACCGACAAGCACUUCUACUUCAACCAGACCAAGGGCUUCCCGUGCCUCAAGAAGGCCGAGGGCAGCAGCAAGCCGCACUGCCUGGGCAAGACCAAGGGCCGCGCGCACCCCGCCAUCGCGCGCGAGGUGCUGCGGAGGCUGCGUGAGUUCUACAGGCCCUUCAACCUCAAAUUCUACCAGAUGACCGGGCGAGACUUCGGCUGGGAUUGAGCACCCCGGGCCGGCCACUUCCCUCGUGGCUUAUAUAUUGAGAGAGAUUAUAUGUAUGUAAAAUGUAUAGAAAUCUAUUUUAUAAUAAUUUAUUUUUAAUUCAUAAGCAAUCAAGUCACUAAGCUGCCUAGCCACACUCUUGAGAGCGUUAGCAUCAUGGUCUGUUAACAUUCCAAAGUGUUUAACUCCCAUGCUUUGUUCUAUCCCUCACAACUUAUGGUGCUUCCAUUUCUUUCCUCCCCUCCCCACUAUAUUUAAAAAGAAGAAAAGCACAACUUGAGAUUUUUGUUACGGGUAUUCUGCCUCCAAUCACCUUCCGUCCCCCAGCUGUUGUCUCUGUGAGUCAUAGUCUUUGGAGCUCUGAGUCUUUUCUUGCCAGGGUACCUCAGGAGCACGGAGCUGCCUCAGCAGCAUUGCAGUCUGAAGGUCCCAUUCAUACAAGCAGUUUCUUGACCCUCACUGAUGUAGUCCCGAGGUGCAUUCCUCCACCUCCCUUACUGAGACAUCCGCAUUGACAGGAUUUGUAUUACUUUAGCUUUCCAUGAUGGAGGAUGGCCCUGCAUUCCCUUCUGCUGCAUGGCUUGAUCUAUUAGCCAGUUUGAAGUGUAUGCAAAUGUUAGCCCCCUUUCCCCAAGUCCCAUGUGUAAGACGUAUGGGUGCUGCUCUACAAAUAAAGAUGAUGUCUUCUCAUUUGCAUGAGAGUGCACCACAUUCUUCUUCUCCAGGCACACAGUUCUGCUGUGACACACCAAAGAACCCCCAAACCGAAGAUGCUGGUGUCCAGACCCAUAGGGGUCAGGUGCAUUCCUUGAUAUCAGCAUCUGCUGAGGUGCUGGUAGGUGUAGAUCCCACUGGUAUUGGGCAGCCUGGCAGAGGAUGGGAAUCCCUGGCCCCACAGCGGAAUGCCUGUGGAAUUCCUAGUUCAUCCCAGAGGUACAGGAUUGUGUUGCAGGCUGUGACCACAACAGGGAAGAAGAGUAGUCAGAGGAAUCAUUGAGUUAUACUUUCAUCAAGCAGAACAUGGGAAGAUAUAUAGGGGUUGAAAUGGCUGCAACAUUUACAAAAGAUUCUUUUGGAUGUUUUAUGGGACAAUUUGGAUGAGAAAAGUUACAUGGAAAGAGAAGAUAGUUCAUCUUUAGAAACUAGUGAGAGGUGUCACUGGUCUAUAAGUGAUACUUCGAUAACAUGCUUUUUGGUUUUCCACAAAUUGUAGCCUAGCUCUAGCUAGCUAAUGCUUGGUAACAAAACUGUCACUGGGUAGGCCUGGAAAGGAAGGAAGUUGGUCAUAGGCUCUGCAUUCCUCAGAUGUUGCAUUUAUUUUUAUUCUGCAGAGGUGAGGGUGGAAACCCGGGCCUUGCACUAGGCAAGCACUGUAUCACUGAGCCACAUCCCCAGCCCAUUUCAUAGGGUAUUUUUUUUUCCCUGUCUAUACAAAGUCAUGUGUUAUGUGCACUUAGACCGACACCAUAAUCUAGCAUAGUUCUCCAUGGUUGUGACUGUUUGGCUGUGAAAAACCCUGAGUUAAGAGUGCUCAGGGGCUGUGUGUUUUUCUUUUUAGAAGGCAUACCGCUUCUCACAUGUGGCAUAACCUUGCAUGCGGGCAAAAGCAGUAUUCCCGACCUUAACCUAGCCUUGCCCAGGGUCUUUCUGGCUGCUCUCAGUCUGACAUAACUCAUGGUGUAAAAGUGCAGAGAGUUCAGAGAAAGGUAUGCAGUAAAGUGAGAGGAAAACACAUGUGAGUUUGUUCUCCUUCCCUUCAGGGCGCUGCCUUCUUUCUAAGCUGGACACUAUUCAAGUUGUUUAUUCCCUACUUCAGAAUAUAUCUGAAACAGGACAUUUUGAGAUAGAAGGAAGGUCAUUUAGCCAUGAACACUGAAAUGGGUCAAAAUUUCUAUUCUCAGUCAAGUCCCUGAAUCCAAGCAGAUGUCGAUAAUUAGUGCUGAUGGAACAGGGUGAGUUUUUCACUGUAAGACAAAUAAAUCAAGCAGCACGUGCACCUCUUUCUCGAGCCCAGACAGCUUAUAGUUCCUGACUGAUCCGGAUGUGACAUCUGCCCCAAGAUGACACUUCAUCAUGUGAUAGUCAUUACCCACCCACACGUCCUCUUCUCAGAGAAUUUAGGCAACACAGAGAGUUAAGACUUGUGUCUCUUCCUGUCCCGGCCAGCUGCAAGGCCACUGAGCUUAACUUCUAAGCUGCUAGAAGACAAACACCGGUUCAUGGUUUGGCAAUUUGUCCCACCACAUGUUUGAGGGUUCUUUCAGUUUAUAGGAAAAGCUCUCUUACUUACUGAAGAGCCUCAUCUCUUAAGCUUUUGUUCUUUUCUCAUUUGAAAACAAGUUAAAGAUAAGUGUGGAAAUUUGUAUUAUUCCUAUUCAUGGAAUGCCUUCCUCGAGGUGUUUGUGUGCAGGUGUGUUCACUUUACUAUGUGCUACCUGGAAAGGUGUUUUUAGGCCUAGUGACUGUGGAAGAUACUCUUAAUUGGAUGGUGAAGGAGAUUUUCUCGAGGGACUCUCUUGGGUAGUUGUUUUGAGUGACAGAUAUAUUUCAGACCUUUGGAGAAACCCAGUUACAGAUCCUGGCUGGAUAUUCUCCCAAGAAAAGAAAAUGGAAGGAUCUAGAAACACUUUAGUAUCCAAGAUGUUGACACAGAAGUCAGUGCCAUUUCUCUCUUCAGUUUUUCAGAAAGAAUGGUUAAUAAAGUUUAAAGGUGUGGUUAGUUUCUUUUUCACUUUUGUAACAUUAAUUUAUGACUGAGUUUCAUUCAGCCCGGUAAUCAAAAAUACUGUGCAGAUUCUGGCAGUAUGUCUUCUAUAACUUGGAUGUUAGCAUAGCCAAUAUGUACAAAAAUUUAAAUCAAGUAUUUUGUCCUAUGUAUAACACAAAUUAAUUUUACACAGAGAAAGAUAUUUCUAGGAAAAUGAAAUUCUCGUAAUUCAUACUAUUUCUUUGUAUGAACAAAUAAAAUAUAUUUUACCAACCUG